ACGACCCAAAAACAACAGGUUGAGUCUCCUGCCUCCAUGAUGCGUGCUCUGCAGAAGUUUCUGCUCUUUCAUGCUCUGACAUGUCUCGGACGGAAUGCACUUGGGAGUGAAAUCAUAGAUGGGCAAAUUGUUCAGCGGUACCAGAUGCUGUAUAUGGCCUCAGUGCAGAACAGAGAUGGACAUGUGUGUGGAGGCUCCCUCAUCAGUGACAACUUUGUCCUCACUGCUGCACACUGUGCUGAUUACGGACUGACAACAGUUGUUUUUGGCACCCACGAUCUCAGAAACACUGGGACAGUGAGAAACAUUGUGCAGAGCUGCAAACACCCUUAUUAUCGGUAUUACUUGGAAGGAAGUGACAUCAUGCUCCUCAAACUGUCUCAGAGUGUUCCAGACAGUGAAACAAUACGACAAAUUCAACUCCCCCCUCCUAACAUGAACCCACAACCCAACCAACUGUGCCAUGUAGCUGGAUGGGGAGUGACCGAAACUGGUAGCGAUGUUAAUGACCUGAGAUUGGUGGGUGUGUCUGUCGUUGACCAGAACGUCUGUAGACAGCAAUGGUAUAACAUUCAUCUUCCUGCCAAUAUCAUCUGUGCAGGUGGAUAUAAAACACUCAGAGGAUUCUGCAAUGGUGAUUCUGGUGGUCCUCUGGUGUGUAACGGGGUGGCUGCUGGUGUCGUAUCUUUUGGAAAUCAUGGUUGUAGAGACCCAAGAUUUCCCAAUGUCUACACAGACGUCUCCAAGUUCCUUCCCUGGAUCAACCAGAUUGUCAGUCAAAAUGGUUGUUAAAUGCAACAACCUUACACAAAGCUUUGCUUCAACAUACCUUCAUUGUAUUUAGGAUGUGUAGUUAUGUCUAAGUCGCUCUGUCAGU